AUGAACUCGAAAUUUAUCUCUUUUGUUUUAAGCAUCUUUACCCUCUCCAUCUAUACCUUAUCGGCAGUUUCGGCAGUUGCUCAUCCUAAUAUUUACAGAAGUUCAUCCGAACUCUUUAAACGAACUCAUGAAAAAAAUGAUACUUGUCCUUGUACCCUUGCAACAGCUACAUUCUGCGGCCCCGUAGUUUGGGGAGAAGUCGUCUUCGCCCAAGACGAAUAUGGAAAAACCGUUAUAGCUGGUCUCUUCAGUGACGGGCUUGUUGAUCCUGAAAAGAAUUGUUAUAAAUACCUUAUUGUCGAUAAAUGCGACAAAGUUCUCUAUGAUUUUACAGAAGAAAUAAGUCCCAAAUAUCGAAAAAAUGGAACAUGGCCUUUUAUAUCAAAAAGACUUGACGAUCUGAUCUUAAAUUGUGAUGAGGAAGGAGUCCUUUUUGCUUAUUGUGACAAUUGUACCGAUACUCAUUGCAAACGGGAAGAACAAGGACAGGAUGUAAAAAUUAUCAACGAUGAUGGUGAUUAUUUUAAAGCUCCACUUGACCAA